ACUUCUCCACAGUUUCGUCUUCUUCAUAAAGACAUAAACCCUAGUCAGUUUUAAUCAUCGAAACAGGGAUCCAUCCAUAACGAUGGAACCAACUCAAAAUGAUUUAGAACGACUCAUGAUCUUUGAACAUGCUCGUAUCACCGCAGAAGCUGCAUACGCCAAGAACCCUAACGAUGUCGAUAAUUUGACAAAAUGGGGUGGAGUGCUACUGGAAUUAUCCCAAUUUGGAGACAUCAACGAAUCAAAGAAGAUGAUCAAAGAUGCUGUUUCAAAGCUGGAUGAAGCUCUAUCCAUCAAUCCUGCAAAACAUGAGGCUCUAUGGUGCUUAGGAAACGCUUACACCACUCAAGGAUUUCUAACCCCUGAUCAUGAUGAAGCUCAGAUUCAAUUCGAUCUUGCAGCUGAAUUCUUCCAAAAGGCAGUAGACGAGUGUCCAGGAAACGAACAUUAUCUUCAAUCGUUGGCAAACUCUUCUAAGGCAUCUGAUCUGCACAACGAGAUCCACAAACAAGGAGGAUUUGGUCAAUCUCAACAGUCUUUGGGUGGAGGAUCUACAUCUACUACUACUACUACUACAUUUUCAAAUUCAAAGAAAUCCUCAAAGAAGAAGAGCAGUGAUUUAAAGUAUGAUAUAUUUGGGUGGAUAUUCCUUGCAGUUGGGGUUGUUACAUUGAUUGGAAUGGCCAAAUCUAACGUGCCAAAAUAAGAUUUUUUUUUUUUUUUUUUUUUUUUUUUUUUGGGUCCCAUAGACACAAAUGUUGUAUCCUUUGCUCGAUGUUAAAUUCUUUUCAACUCCGUGUAAUCAUUAGUCCAUUGAGAUACAGUUUGGUGGUUUGUUCUAUUACUGAUAGCUUGUUCGAGAAUUGUGUAGUGGAUUAGUAUUAGUUGCAAUAGAAGGGCUUGUUUCAGUUGAAUAAUUUA